AUGACAAACUGCCCUGAUCCCGCUGGUUCUUGUAAGAUCCUAAGCCAACUCUAUUUCCCCCCUGUUUCGUCCAGCCUGGUCUUCGACUACCUCUUGAGACACGGUUUCUCCGACACAGCCAUCGCGCUGGCGCCUAUAAUCGAAAACGCUCCGACAGCCCAACCCACCAAAUCCGAUAAUGAGCCCGAGGCGUUCGGAGACGGCAGUAAGAUCUCCGACUCUGCCGGCGGCGACAGUACUGCCGUCUGCGGUGCCGGUGAGGAGUGGCCGGAGUCCUUCGAGGCCGUCAAACGCCGUAUCAACCUUAUCCGCCUGAUCGAAGCGGGGCACUUCCUGGAGGCGAUCGCCGAGUUGAGCGCCAACUACGCAAAUCUUGUGCACCAGGCGCCCGCUAUCGUGUUCAUGCUUCGGUGUCGCCACUUCAUUGAAAUGGUGCGUUUUUGCUACCUUAUGGACAUGCUGUUUAAUUUGAAAAAAUACCCAAAACAUGCCUGAAUGUGACUGUGUGUGUGUGGGUGUGUGUGUGUUUGCCCUACAACCGGACGGCGCUGCUGAUGCGUUGGGCGGAAGCCGGAGCUACAUGCGUCUGGAUGCGGGCAGUGUGGAGUCUGUAUGAGUCCUUACACGCUGCCGAUGGGCUUUUAAGUCAUCAGAUGAAUGGAAGAGGAAGGAGACAGAGAGAGGUCAAUUCUUUAAAGUCCUUCCUCACUAAAAUUAGCCUUUUUCUCGUUGUAAUAACUCUGACGCGUUUGAUUAUCAUGACACGCUAGAAGCCGUGGAUCGGAAGACGACCAACUGACUGGAUAAUUCGGCCCUCCCCUGCAACGAGGAUAGAACUGCAAUGGCUCCUUGAUAUGGCAUUUAUGGUAUACCUAACUUCUAUGAGAUCUGGUGUCUUUCACGGCGAGAGAGGUGAAUCAAGGUAGUAUCCAACAAUCUCUUUUUAAAACUCCCGGAACGCGAUAACAGUCGUGGCUUGGAUCCUACCUGACUCUUAAGAACGGACUAUUACUACCUCACAAGUGUUGACCACCACAUUAGUGCAUAAACAUUUGUUCAUACUGAAGGUUAACGCAUAAAACAAGACUUUCUUUUCCGCGGGAAUGGUGUUCUUAAGGUGACGUCCUUAAAACUGGACAAAAGCCUCUCAAAGAAAGGUGAAAGUAGGAAAUCACAUCAUCUUCAUAUUUUAUGCCGGAAUAACGUGUGUAUUUAGGCUUUAAAAAGUUUCUAAUUAUGAGAUUUUUAAGACCGUGCGAUGUCCAUGCAUGCAAGACCGCACAUGUCCGUUUACUAAUGCUCCUCGUGAAAUGCACAACACAGUCCGGAUUCAUUGCAAAAUUUCAUGAACUUUUUGUGCUAUCUUCUUAAAGGCAUAGAGGGAUAUAUGAUUUUCCUUACGCGGAAAGCUUAUACCUUGUAGAUUGAAAUUGCUAAAUGCUGAUGCAAUGACAGAUUAGGCUGGAAAUUAUUCGGGAAUUGGGAAAUUUUUGUUAAAACCAAAAUACAAACUUUCUUCGGGCAUAAAAUAUGAAGACAAUGUAAUUUCCUUCCAACUGAGCAAAGAAAGCAUAUUUUCGUGCAUGUUUUCUGUAAAAUAUAUUUGAAUUUGUAAGACUAUCGAAAAUUAAUAGGAAAAAUGCAUGCUACUUAAGUAGCCAUUUCCCACCGAGUGUGGUUUCUGCAGGAGGUCAAAAAGAAGUGCAUUCAAAAGCCGACAUCCUGGCGAGUCCGAAACAUUAUAGGUUUAUGCUGCAUGACAAUCAGUCUAACAACCCCGCUUAAGUAAUCCUUCCUAGUCGGAAACGCAUUCCAGUGUUUUGACCAACAUUUCAUGAGAUCGGUCACGCGCUGUAGUUAAGGACUUGAGCUUAACCCAGAAUGAUUAUUACAUCUUGGGAUAUAUCUGCUUGUCGCUGGUUUUUACAACAGUACCUUCUGCGUGGCGUUUUACCAGCCUAUGAUUAGUCUCUUCGGCGCCAGUGAAGAGAACCACUAGUGUUUCAAGAAGGGGCGUUAAUUCAAAGCGAGUCCGGAGCCGCAUCGACCUCAUUCUCCCCCACGCCCACCGCAUUCCGUUGGCAGAACACAGUCCGGACGGCCGAAGGUGUGUGGACGUGGGUACACUGGCCGGUAUUUUGUACCGUCCCACGACGUUCGUUUUCUGCCAGUAUUCGUGUCAUAUGCCCGUAGCCUGUCGUAAUGAGAAUUCAUAUUGACCCAACUGUGAAAAACUCGGCGCCUCGGUGGGAUUCGAUCCCACGCAGUAAGGAGAAGGCUUUAGUAUACAGCCAACGCUCUACCCACUUGAGUUACGAGGCCCCUCCGGACGACUUGAAUUUAAUCACAUUUGGGUCAAGUUUACUCGCCCAACCUACUGCAACGUCUGGAAUCCACCAAAUCUGAUGCAGUAAGUUGACUGCCCAAGCAGGAUUUCCAGAUGACUACCAGGCUCACGUAAUGAGAAUUUUUUCAGGUCAUUGCCCGUCAGAGAAGAUAUUACCGAAUAUUUGAAGCAUUUUGUCUCCGGUAUACAUUUAAAACAGGCGUAAACAAGAGAAUCUGCUGGUACCAAACAGUUUCGCGACAACUGACAAACUGAUACUCUUCGCUGCCGACAUACAGUAUAACAAAUAAGGAGUUGCAGCAAGUUGGAUUUACUCAGAAGAUGAGUGCGAAAACAACAAGGUCAUUGGCCAAUGCACACAGUUCAGCUGGUGAAAGGGAACAAAUUAAAGCGCUUUUAGAGGAAGGAAAUGGAAGGGCUAAUCCAUAAAAGGUUAUACAACUCUAAGGACUGGGGAUUGCUUUUCAGCAAUUGGGCUGUGUGCUUUGAAGAAUGACCUUGUUGAUUUCGCAUUGAUCGUCUGUUUGAAUUCCACUUUAUUAGUUAUAUUUGUUAUACAGCGACGGGUAGCAGUUGACAGACUGUUCUGACAUUCAUCGACAUCAGUAAAUUCUACUGUUUACUCCAGUUUUAAAUAUUAACGAACACUAAUGCAUAAAAUCUGCACACAGAUGGUGUCGUAAAUGGCAGUGGUCUGACAAGAAAACUUGGCAGCUAUGAGGAAUUUGACCAGACAUGUUUAUCUGUGAUCGUUCUACCCUCCUGACGGGUCAUAUUGUUUUUUUUACGAUGACACAAGUGUAUCGGACACGGAUUUUCGAAUGGUUAUGAACAACCACCAGUAAGUCGUAUCAUAUCUGUCGUUAUGAGCAGUUUAUCUUAAAUAAACGUCCUAGCAGACACCCCAUCCUUGCAGCCAGCUUUGAGGAAAAACGGCUAUUUCCGCUUAGUUCGUUCCCACUAAGCACAACUGACACGAAGCUUCUAUCUCGUCUACAAGAAAAUCAGCUCAUUUUUCGCCUGUGUAUCGGCAGAAAUCUUAGCUUAUAUUGCCCUGCGUGACACAGCACAGAUGGUAUCGAUUUCCACACGGCUACUGCGGCAAUUUCCGCUCUUUCCCCCCCGGUCUCUGACAUCAGCGUUGAACCCGCAGAGCGGCAAACACUGUCGCCACACAGUCCACCAGCAACCACAGCGAUGUUUGUUGCUGCUACAUGAUACCCGACAAGCCCUGCGCGCUUGCGUCUUUGUCUGUCUGCCUGUCUGUCUGUCCGGCGUAUGUGUAGUCACGUUUUUUUUUCUACCAACAUUCGCCUCCCUCUGGUGAUGAUGUCCACCUUGCCCUCGCGCAUACACGCGCGCGCGCUCCCAGAUCUCUGGAAGCGGUCAGUAAUGCGUCUCUCCUGUUUAAGAGGACUUCCGACCUCCGCCAUCGUCAUCGUCGUCGCCCCCUUCAAACGCGCUCAUGUGGGCGCUUGCUGCUGGCGGCACAUGCGUGACGAAGUAAUCAAUGUGUCCUCCGCACACACACACACGCAUUACCUUCGCCCUCCCCAAAUUUAUUGUCACAACCGGCUUCCUUCUCAAGGUUGCACUGCAAAAAAGUUCAAACCAGCCUGCCGCGCCUUGAGCUCUAAUGCCCCCGCCCCCGCCACACUGCUGCUGCUGCUGUGUACGCGUCGCCUCCGCCUAGAAAAUCCAAAAACAUGUGUGCGCGCGUCUGAGCGAGUGCGAGCUGUGUGAGAGAGAUCGUGAAGGAGGCAGGUUUCGUCCUCGUUGGCAUGACCUUCACGUUCCACCGGUAGACAGCUGAUCGUCCUCGCUCCUUUUCACAGCUACCUUGUAUCCUGCAACUCCUGUGUGUACACUGAGCGCACGGUGGUUGAAGCAGCUCAACUAGGGCGUCUAUUUCUGCCCCAACUGACCCAUCAUUCUCACCUGUGGGGAAAAAGCGUGCCUCCUGGUUUGCUUCAGGCAUCUCGUGGGGCUGGAGACGUCCCGUCGCACACGUCAUUUGCGCUUGCGGCUGGUAAACGUGCGAGAGGAAAAUCUCCAAAAUAACGGGUUGGAGAAGGGGACUACACACAGAUUCUAUAGUUCGACCAUCGAUUUUGAUGAUGUCCACCGUGUGCCCCUCCUCAGCUGAGGUGGGAACAGGGAAGGUUACUUGUGCAGGGGUUUAUAGUGCCAGUAGACUUGCACUGCAUCUACCUGCACCCUCUCCUCCGCCCCCGCCUGUGCCCGGUGUCAAGACAGAGUCAAGAAGACCGGAGACGAGGGAGGCCGCAGGUGGAUGGCUCAGACGGAUACUCGCCUUGGCGCUCCACUCCGCACCCCCGGAUCCACACACAAAUGACCAGGAUUUUUACCGCCACAACAAUGGAGGGCUUGGCAGUGAUCCCCGUUGUGUAACGACUGUCGAAAACAGGGACUGCCAGCGCACCCUCUAGAUGUUGGCAUUUGCUAUGGCGCACAGAUAGCGCCUGCCAGAAUCCGAUGUGGUCCCCGUGUUAGUCCAGCGCAUCUAACACGUGGCCCGUGUGGAGGGCACACACGGGGCUGCAGACGUCCCGUCGCACACGUCAUUUGCACUUGCUGCUGGUAAGCGUGCGAGAGGAAAAUCGUCAAAAUAAUGGGUUGCAGAAGGGGACUACACACAGAUACAAGGGAGACGUAAAUGGUCGCUUCUGGCCGUUCCGCCCCCAGACAGUCUACUGAGGGGAGUUUCGACAGAUUGGGCUGACCUUGAAGAAGGAGACACGAUCGCCGGGACAAGAGCUUUAAUAGCCUGACGUUUCGGUUUCCUACUCGAAUCCAUCAUCAGAUACAAAAAAGCAGAAACGGGUGGUUGUUGCACAAGGGGCUGCGGUAUUUAUAGGAUGCAGUAGCCAUGCUACCGCAUACCUAUGAACAUUCACGGCUCCCCCAUUUCAUCUUGUCCCGGCGAUCGUGUCUCCUUCUUUAAGACUUCUUCCUGGGACUUGUCUCUUCGCUUCUAUUUGCACUGGGCUGACCAUUUGUGGCCGUCGUCAACCAGCCUUACCCAAACGCAGGUUCUGACUCGCCUGAGCUUCGACCCCGCGUUCUUUGGGCAUCCAACGUCAGUAACCCCAACGCUCUCAAGCCAGGGGCUCGUUGUUCUGCCGAUUGCGAUCGGGUGUACUAACUUAUAUUGGAAGUGCGCCGCUCACUGAUCGAGUUAUGGGGUCUGCUCGCCCUGUUAUGCCUCGGAACCCACUAGCCCUAACUGACAACGGCCAAUAAGGCCAGAAACGGUCAUCACGAAGAAGGAGACACGCUCACUGCGACAAGACUUUAUUCGCCUGACGUUUCGGAUUCCUGCGCAAACCCAUCAUCAGAGGCAAUAACAGAUAUGCGUCUUUGUCGGGAGUCCUUUUAACAUGCUUUCCUGGUAGCCAUGUGACAGUCUGCGAGGGAUCUACGUUGAGCUCCAAAGCGCAACGGACAAGUAGGUCCCGUAAACCUAUAGAUGAACGCACUGACAACAUCCAUCCUCCUUUUGGAAAGACUGGAACUUAAAUCCGGGUUCAAAUGACUAAAACUCCAACACUCCAUCGUGAUAUCACGGGCCCACAUUCAGUUGGAUGCGUUUGGGGUAGAUAGGUGAAAACCACUUUGCCAUUGCUCUAGAUGUACCAGAUCGCAGCCGAAAGGGUCUGAGCCUGUGGAUCAACGCUCAUCCAGUUCACUAACUAAAAGUUCUCGGUUCGGACCUUGGUCUUCCUGACGCAGGGUUGAGUAUUACUUGUCGAGGAGAGCGGAUAAGCCAGAGGUAUCAGUCGGACCACGAGAGGACAGUAUUUAUUGAUAAGAAGACACAGAAUUCUCUUCCCUUUAAGGUUCUUGUAGAAAAAACUUAGGUUGGUUGUUUUGCUUGGAGUGUCCCAACACCAACUUUAUGGGGAAAAACUGAAAUUGGGCAUUUGGGAACUAAUAGCAACCAAACUCUGCCCCACGAUCCGAAACGCCUGCGUGGGCAUGACCUCCCAUCAUCAGCCGGCUGUAAAGUAUGAUUAUCUCAGGGAGCAACUUCCUUUUCGGCGUAAAUGAUAAAAGACGGAAUGUAAAACGUGCGAAGUUAGACCUAUUUCUUAAACGUGAGGAAAUCCAGGAGACGAUAAUGACUUGGGCGAAACGGUUUGAAAGAACUCCGAUAGUUCGACAAUCGUAAGUUUGGAGUUCCGCCACCGCCUCAUAAAUGGGGCUUGAAUUGCGCUACAUUCUCCUCCUCCUCCUCCUCCUCCUCCUCCUCCUCCACCUCCUCUCUCCCUCCUCCCUCCUCCUCCCACCCCCUUCUCAUACUCCCUCCUCCUCCUCCUCCUCCUCCUCCUCCUCCUACCCCCUAUCUCUCUCUCCCUCCCUUUCUCCUGCCAGAUGGCGCGCUGACUGACGAAGUAGACGGUCCGCCUCUGUGUGCCGUACACGAUCGUGUCCCCAACUCCACAUGGACCAGGCCUCACGCAGGAGGGUCUCAGAUUGCACACAAGUGCAAGUGCCGUAAAGUGCGCAUUAAGAAAGCGCCAUUGAGGGAUGGGCUUCAGUCCUGAAUGGAACUGUUAGUGCGUUGGGAUAGUGCGUUUUCUUGGAUAGUAUAAAUAAAGAAGCGCAGGAUUUGAGCUGAGUGUGCUUCAUAAUCUUACCCCUUUCCCGUACCUUCGUUACCCGUCCUAGUAAAAUCCACUGGAAAUGAGAUUGGGCUCAGUGACUGACGCGAAGUCUCCGUUUAACGGUAGUUCCCCGUCAUUACCGACGUCGGCGAAAACACCACAUUAGGAUUGAUGCAUGAGUAAUGAGUGGUUUUAGCAUCUACCUGUUUGACGAGAAAGGGUCAUACGGUAACUGUAUGCGUGCAACCAAUUGCGUGUAUAAUGAAUGAAAUUUUAGUAAUGGUCUUCCAUGUGUGUAUAAUCGAAGAGGUCCAUGCGGUGGCUGAAUGUGCGGGUACAGUGUGGGCGGGAGAGGCGGACGUGGCGAAUAUAUAUUGGUUAGAUCUCGAGGCACUGAUCCUCCAGGGCCAAGUCAGUCCCGAUGAUAUCGACCAUAUACCUCUUACUCUGAUAUCUGUUACCACCAUUCGUUGUCAAUUCAUACAAGAUCUUCAAACCCAUUUGAAGAAGGUCCAAUACGCAACGGGACACUGACUGGUUUAGAUACAUUGAGGAAAUAUGGCCUGUCUGAUUUUGUGAAUGGCCUGAUUAAAGAAGGAAGCCGAGAAAACCUCUAGCGCAAAUGCAGUAGCCAUUUGACAUUUGAAACACGUGAAGCCGAUGUUCACUGUCAAAUUCUAAACGGCGCAACGAAAGAAAACUGGACUUAUUUGGGUUGACUUUAUCUUGAGAUGAUUGUCUUACGUCUAAUGUCUUGAUUGAUCUGCCCUAUCAUUGGCAGCGACCUGGCUAUGGCAUACGUCGGUUGAACUUAGGGGCUGACUGCUCAGCUCGAUGGUUUGCCAUCAGACUCGUCAGACCCUCUGUUCGACCCAUCCGACGAUAUCAAUAGCCAUGUCACAGCCGUCAUACCGUAUUAUCUGUGUCGGUAGAGGUAUAGGACUCGAUUGACCGGGCAUAAUCAGCUCACUAGGUGAAAAUUCUGUCCCCCUUCCCGACCUAGUUUUAGUUUUAGUCACGAAAAGGGCCAUUUUAGAUAACUGUCGUGGUUUUUCACCCGUUGACGGUAGACCCUUCAAUGCUUUCAAAUGGUAAUUUACGAUCUAUGAAGCAUGUCCAUGCUGAAGGUGUGUAGCAGUCAAUAGAGGCCCUUGGAGACCACCCUGACUUGAUUCCACAUUCCGUCGUCAGAAAACUCAGCAGCAUCAGCCAUUUUCGUCUCUUUUAGUUUAGCAGAAUGUUACGAGUAAAAGCGACAUGGACUGCAACCUGGCAAUUCAGCGUCUUAUCGUUCGGCUGGUCCCAAUUGCUCUGAGAUUACGAUUGCAUUGUAGGCAAGCCACAAUCCCAUCCAUAUAUUUACCGUUGAAUUUCCACCGAUACCAUUUGCUCACCGGGGCUGGAAUCCGAUUCGGGUAAAGGCUAUCGAAGCAUCGAGCUCCGUUUGUAAUAAGUCUUAUUACUUUGUUAAUACGUUUGCGCGCAUAUGCCCUGGUAAAACUUCCUCAGAUAUAUGUAGAGUCGCUGAGAUACUCAUCCGGAUCGCAGGCUUUUUAUACAUGGGUGCAUGAUAAUAGAAAGAGAGAACGAAGCUGAUACUCCGAUAUCCUCCCUCACACUUUGGCACAUUCCCACGAAUAAUUUGAAUGUGCUUGAAAUUACUACAAUGCUUCAAAAAUCGUGGCUUGGAAGGUUCUCAGUAUUGAGAGUGCCUACACUCCCAAAAACAAGAGCCAGCCAAUCACUGCAGGCCACGUACGCCUCCUCUAGCACGCUGUCAGCAUGAUGAUAGCGCCUUGCUAUCGGCCGCUUCCCUCGAUACUGAUUGGUCCGUGUAUGCAAAAGAUCGAUCAGCUCGUCAGCUCGCAUUGGACUGGAUGCAGGCAAACCCUAGUAUGAUAUUAUAAAUACGUGUUAUUUUUCCAGUUAGAAUGACUUUCAGAUCUUUAAUACAGUUUUCCGUGGUCGGUCGUGGUCUCCUUCUCUGCCACGUUGGUUACGGGGACAGCAGUGGAGUGCGCACACGCUUUGCGUGAUCUCUGACUGUCAGACCGGAUCGUAACGAGGAUCAGACUGCAAUGGCUCCGUCCUAAUGUAGCUCAUAUGAAACUGCCACGUGUAUGAGAUCCCGGGGAAGAAAGAGUGAAGCUGACCCAGACGCUUAUUCCGCACUACUAAACAACCACACCGGAUUUUAACCUAUAACGAUACACCAACAAUUCCGGGGUUUGGAAAAUUGCAAACUGGAGGACGACUCGGUCCUGCCCAGGACCAAGUACCAGUACGUAAUUGUUACUUAAUGUGGCCUUUAUGGAAGUCUCAGUGAAGCAAAAUUCAAGAACCCCUAUUGAAGCCUGACACACGCGAAGUUGAGCUCUGGAUCGUUUAUAGCACGCGCAAACUGUCUGUUCGAAACUUUUCACUCACUACGCCUACGCCCAAUUCUGAUGGCUCUAGGACUGGCAUACCAUCAUAACGCUGUAGCCGUCGCAAGAGUGAAACGAGGUCUAUUGCACGUAGCGUGCUUCACUGUAAAAAAAAAAGAAAUCACGCGCAGGUAAUCGCCGCGCCCAAUUCGGAGCACUGUUAGUCCGCAGCGCUUGCGAUGUCUGUACUCUCGUCGACACUGCUGUUUUUUAGCUCCCGUCUGGAAAGCCUCUGUUUUUUGUCCUUGAAGGGAAGUCAAAAAGUGGUCUGUCGCUCUCCUCCAUCCUAACGCAGAAGAAUUUUUGUAGCUCUGUGUACAUGGGUGUGUGCACGCCGCCAAUCGUGGUCGCAACUACGCUGGCGGACAUGUGGGCUUCCUUGAUUGGCUACUGUGGAGGUCACUGGCGCACGUGCCUGUGUGGCCACGUGCCGUCUACUGCGAAACCAUCAGAUGCUUCUCUACGUGUGCCGAUCGACCCUCCUAGCCACUGACCUCAGGCCGUUUCAAGGCCUUUUUGGCCUUGACGCUGGGGCUAUGCCGUACCCUCUCUACUAUACUUUGAUUAAAUUCACAGCCACGUUCUCUACUAUCGUUCCAAGUUUUCGUCUUCUCAGUCACGUUUUAUCACACUUAUACUCAGCUGUUAUCCCUCUACACGAGUUAUAAGACUUUGAAAUCUAAAAGGGUGACAAUCGGGAGAGGGCACCCAAAAAAAUACUGCCGGCCAAAGCAGCGAUCUUAUCGCAACUGUCCUAAGCUAUGCAGCCAUUGACUGAGCCGCACACUGGCGACUGCGGUAGCUCCCGACCUCUGGAAGUAAUGGUGAAAAUUGAUAAUCCAAGUGUUCGGUCAACGGCGAUCGUAUUGCAAUUGUCCGUAGGUAAGCUACUAUAGAAUAAUCCGCAUAGGGACUACUGCGGUCGCUUGUCAGCAGUGGAAGCUUAUAUUAAGGUUGUUUAACGUAGAGUGGGUCUACGGCGAUCGUUUCGCAACUGUCCAAAGGGUAUAUUGCCAUAGAUUGAGCCGCAUACCUACUACUGCGGUCAUUCCUCACCUAAGGAAGAAAUGGUCAUAAUGGAUAAGCCAAAGGGUCAGUCCACAGCGAUUGUUUCGCAAGUGUUUGAACGUAUGCUACCGUAGAUUAAGCCGCAUAUGUACUACUGCGCUCGCUCUCCAGCUGUGGAAGCUAAUGUCAAGGUUGGUAAAAAAGGGAUGGGUCUAAAGCGAUCAUUCCCCAACUUUCCCAAGCUAUGCUGGUCUAAAGUAAGCCGCAAACGAACUAAUGCCGUCGCUCGUGACCUAAGCAAGCAUAUGUGUAGGAUGGCAGACCAAUGGUCAGUCUACAGCGAUCGUUUCUCAUUUCUCCUAAGGUAUGCAAGGGUAGAUUUAGCUGCAACCCCAAUGCUGCAGUCACUCUUCAGCCGUGUAAGCCUAGGCCAAGGUUGAUUAACCAUGGCUCGGUCUGCAGUGGUCGCAUCUCAAAUGUUGGAGACUGUGAUAAUCUAAUUGGGGCAACAUGUGCACUGCAGAUCAGAUAAAAUUGAGGUCGGAUGAAAGAACAAAUAUGUAGGGCCACAACCUACUCAAAUAGGUGUACCAAGUAUUAUUUCUAGACAACGGACAUUUGGGUGCCCUCUCCCGAUUGUUACCAUACUCGUGCCCAGAGAACUUGGACCUUUUUGGCCUUGACGCUGUGAAUAUGCCAUACCCUCUUACUUUAUUAUACUUUGAUUACAUUCGCAGCCACCUUCUCUACUAUCGUCCGAAGUUUUCGUCUUGUCAGUCACGUUUUAUCACACUUAUGCUCAGCUGUUAUCCCUCUACACGAGUUAUAAGACUUUCAUAGAUAUUUUGGCAGAUUUUGAAUAAUUCAUAUUGACCCAACUGUGAUUAAACUCGGCGCCUCGGUGGGAUUCGAACCCACGCAGCAAGGGAAAGGCUUUAGUACAGCCAACGCUCUAACCACUUGAGCCACGAGGCCCUGCCGGACGACGCGAGUUUAAGCACAGCUGGGUCAAUAUGAAUUAUUCAAAAUCUGUCAAAAUAUCUAUGAAUUGCGUGAGCCUAGUAGUCAUCUGGUGGAUUCUAGGUGAAUUACUUCGGAAAUCCUGCUUGGACAGUCAGCUUACUGUUUCAGAUUUGGUGGAUUCCAGACGUUGCAGUAGGUUGGGCGGGAAACUUGACCCAAAUGUGAUUGAACACGCGUCGUCCGGCGGGGCCUCGUAUCUCAGGUGGUUAGAGCGUUGGGUGUACUAAAACCUCCCCAUUACUGCGUGGGUUCGAAUCCCACCAAGGCGCCGAAUGUUUCACAGUUGGGUCAAUAUGAAUUAUAAGACUUUGAAAUCUAAAAGCAGACUUCGCAGAAACUAGUCAAAUCCAUGGCCUCAACGUCCCCCUUCUCUUUUUUCUGCUUUAUGCCUCAUAAUGUAUCUCAUAAAAUAAGACAAUCUCCUUCUAUACACACAUUUGUCGCUCGUUAUGGUCAUAGUAUUACGGAUUUUACGUUUUGCCUGCGCGCUUCGGUAGAUACUCAUGCCCAGAAAGGCUGGACACUUCCUUGAAGAGGAAGUUCUGUUGACGUAGCUGCUAGUUGCCUAACUCAUGGAUGCCCCUUAGUGAACGUUUGAUACGAACUAGGCAGAUUCCUGGGACUAAAUUAUAAACAACUACAGGCCAGAUGUGGCAGUGCUGCCUGAAGGUGAUUGAUUGGCCGUUGGUGCGCUGAUUCCACAGCAAGCGGCCGCAGUGUCCAAUGGUGGCCAUGUGGUGAUGAUAAUUAGGCAAAAGUAUUUACCAAUGUCUUCAUGCUACCGUCGCCUUGAGGGAUUGGAUAUCCAUUAAAAACGCAUUCGUGAUAGUUGAUCUGUCGCAGGCGCACUUCUUGGUGAUGUGAGAACCAAGAGCCAAACCAUUCGAGUAUUGUUGUCAUUCAGUGUGGAAGUCGCCGCUCCCUCCGAGUUGUUCCUGCCAGACCAUUGUCGGGCUGCUGGACACCAGACGAGGCUUCAGCUUAUUUCCAUGGUAGUCACUGAUGGUGAUGCUAAAAGUGCCCUUGCAGUUGUUCGGGUCAGCCGAAAUUGAAUUUUCGACAAGAUUGCUACUCGCUUGUUUUAAGUACCCACUGUUUUACUAUCUUCAUAGGCUUUCCGCUGUAAUGCCAACGGGAUUUCAAGCGAGGUUUCUAAAUCAACUGAUAAACCACCGCCCAAGACCUGUCACCAUAAUGGCUCUCAGAAGAGGACCCAGCCAUCUAGCUCACCGGAAUGCUCACCCGAACUUCUGCCCUCUCUGAGUUCCCGUCGCUGUGAGGCGCCGGCACCUGUACGCAUGAAGUUGGGCAGCGAGGACGAAUUCUUUACAGACACUGCGUAUUCGGAUGACUUCAGGCAACUCUUCGGUGACUCACAGGAGCAGUUGGAGGAGGAUAUUGGAGUCUGUGGGACGACUGAAGGUUCCGUCAUGGUUGCUGAGACUCUCCAUACUAAUAUAGUACGUAGUUGGAUUACUUGCUUGCCACAUAUGCGACUGUGUGUUUGUGCGACUUAUAAGUACCCGACAAAGGGGUUAGCUCAUUCUAUUUUCCAUAAAAUGCGUUCCGUCCCGCGGCCUUUCACUUACCAAUACGAAAAUUCGAAAAAACCUAGCGCUCCGUAAAAAAGCGCUUGUGAAAAAACGAUUUGUUCAAAUUACUUAAUCCAGUAAUAUUAUAGCCUCGGAUGAAGAAAUUCAAAACAGGCGUGAUCUCCCGCUAAACUGUUUUAACAACUAGACAGUUUUACAAACCCUCCUAACAAAGGGAGCGAUCUUGAUAUUGACACUGAAAAUUAGUCUCAAAUUUGCAAAUUUUCUUCGAGUGACAUGGAAUCGGGUGCCUUGAAAAAUCCUAAAGCGUAAACCUGCAUGCUGUGGUAUAUGCAUCUGAAUUAGUUUUUUUCGGAUAAUAUACUUUUAAUUUCGGUCAAUUUUUUACGAUUUCUGGGGCAUGUAGUGCUACAGUUCAUGGACACAAGGACUUUGCACUCGAAAAUACAGUAGAAAUGCCAUCUCAUGAAAUAUUAACCGAAAUCCUAAAAUACGUCUUUGAUUAGAAAAAAGUACUUAAACGGGGUUUUAAUAUUAGCUAUUCUCCAACAUAGCCUUAAAUGUGCUUCAGUCUCGUCAGAAUGUCAGCUUUUGAACGAGCUCUCCCGGCUGUCCGCAAAAACUGCACCCUAAUCAAAGUAGCUAAUUAUGUAGUAUGAUUUUUCCCGUUCACUUUCGAUGUCCUUUUCAAUUCGAAUAUAUAUCAUAGAAGACACACACACAAAAGUAUUCCCUCUUUUACACCUUCGUCCAAUUUUUGUCUUGACGGACGAGUAAUAAAAUAAGCGUAGGAGAAACAAAAAUUCUUGAUAACUAGGUCGGCAUGCCAGCAUGCUGCAAGAAGACCUCUGAAAGAAUGGUUAAAGGCAAGGUAAUAACGCACUCUACUAAUUUGUCAAACUGCGGCGAUGUAAAAGACUGCCUGUAUUGUUUGAUGAAAUCGAACACAUGGCGCGCUAACACUUCUACCACACAUUCUUCCUUACUUGCAACUCCAGUCUAUUGUUAUCUUGGUAAGGCUUUUAUUGAAGUUGCAAUAAAGAUAUCAUAGACCCGGUAAAUUGGAUUUACGCUAUUUGUGAAAAAAACAUCUGGUAGUACCCUUGCAUUUGCUUAUUAGCAUAUUUGAUAAAUAAAUGAACCCCAUUCUAGAAAAUGCUUUCUGUAAUCUAGUUUCCUAGUUUUGAAGUCUGCUCUCAUAGUGACAUUGAGUAUUAGCACAACAAACUGUCUAAAGUCUGAUUAGGAACGUUUCAUAUCUUCACGUAACUUCAAUCGGACAGGCGCUCGUCCCGCGAGUCCCCUUGACAGCAAGAGCUUCUUAAAUGUGUCAAUUGCGUAGUAACUGAUAGCCUGCUUAAGAAGUAUGCUGUCCGGUACGGUUUUCAAUUUUGUCGUUUUGUGAUCUCCGUAUGACCGUCCCUAGUGUUUGGUGUACAAGUUUAUGCUGUUCACAUCACACACCGGCCCGGUCGGUCGUUUACUAAUCCCUCCCACUCUGUCUCGGCGCUCAACAUACACUCGUCCCUCUCACCUGCCCACAUUCACAAAAAUACUCAGAGGAACAACACGAUCCGAAACCUGUCAUUACACCUUUGCCCACCUACACACAUAACCUGUGCUACAUAGAAACCUCAAGUGCCCUAAGCUCUCCAGAAAUCUUAGCCACCCGAGCUCUACAAUGUUAGUGUCCUGCGAUCGCGCAAUGAACCGGUUGUCCCCAGUGUGCAACCCGACAUUUUUGCCUUUUGGUUUCCUAGCAUAUCCUGUUAGUAGCCAUGCUUCCCUGCAGCUAGUAGUCUUUUAUACAGUCUUAUACCCUCCUCCAUUUUUGAUCUGUCUGCAGAAUGGCUUUGCUGCCAAAAAGCGUGAGGCCGCUAAACGCGCCCUUUCGCCUGUGGUUGCCACUGUGCACGAAACCGCCACUGCCACCGCCGCCGCUGAACUCUACAUGAAUGGAGAUGGACAUACUGCAACCUCGCUGCCACCCGCCCUACCACUGUCCAAUGGCGUCAGUGCAGGACCGCCGGCAAAACUGCCUAGCCUCCCAGUCGGCAUGUCCGGCGGCCCCGCGGUGUUUGGCUUGCAGGCCACGGGCAGUGUACUACAGCAGGGCAGUCGCGACUCGCAGCAGCAGAUGGAAACAACCGGCGAGAGCACGAGCCUCAAGCAGGCGGAACCGGCACAAACCAGUCUCCGUGACUUGUUGGACUACGGCCGUGCCCUUCGAAACCUGGCACAAGAUCUCAGAGCCAGUGGACUGAUCAGCUUUGCACAACUCUCCCUCAUGGAGGUAGGCAGACUCACUCCUUGCGCGUCAUUGAGAUCAUAUCUCUCUAGCAGCCAAGCGAUCAUUAAAAAGUCAAACAGCUUCGAACAUCGGGGCGAAUCGUAAGAAUCAGAAGCGUAUAAGUUGAGUAAGUAAUCAGAAAAGAGCAAAUUUGUGCGAACUGCAAACUAGAUAAACCCCCAGUGGACUGUAAAACAUGUUCAUACAGAACAUGGUUGCUGAUUCGUCUGUGCUUGCUGAGCCUCAGACCUCUGUUGGCAUUAUUCCGUGCAAUGGUAGGAGGCGCUCACCGACCGUUCUUACGGAACUCACUCGUUCCGCUGUGCCUUACGGGCUCUCUCUCGAGCCCAACAAGCAGCCGCACAACGGCGCAUGAUAUAUAGGCAGUAUGUCAUUGCCGACAAAGACAAGGGAGACCGGAAAUGCCAUUGUUGGGUUAGUAGCCGUUGUCAGCCAGUCCUACCCAAUCCCGAAGUGUGGAACAUCCGAGGCUCGAACUCGCGACCUAUUUAUUAGAAGUCAACGCCUCUAACCACUGGACCACGAGCCCGUUGCCUUGUAGGUUUCGAUCGGGAAUAUACCAUGGUAGGAGACGCUCACCGUAAAUUACGUCUCGUAUGCGCCAGUCAUCUCAUCAAUCUUCGAGUUUGGUAAAAAAAAAUGCGGAACACAUGCUGCGGUAACUUGUGCCCCCCCCCCCUUCGUUAUGAUGAGGGUAAUGCGGAUAAUUAUACACUUCCUGCGCGUAUGACGGUGCAGGGUAUCACCCAAGUAGCUUGUGCGUAUGCACUCAUCGCACACACAGUGGUGUACUCAUAGUUCUUAGCUCUGAAUUUCUCUCGCACAUCGAUCCGUAUAUAUCCGUGUAUCGCGCCCACGAACACGUCUUCUGUCUGUCGUUAAAAGUGUACGUGGAGAGCACUUUACCAAAGACGGCUACUGCUUAAUAGGACCAAUAUACGUCGUUUCUGAUCUGUAAUGUUUUAGUCACCCUUCCUCGCCGUUAUCGUUUUUUCUAAAUAACGAAUGUGUUUCCCCUGUUUUUGUUAGUCGCACGUUGGGCGAGGUUUUCAAGGCUUAACCUCCCCUGAGUUCGAACUGUUACUGUCCUGAGAACUUGACCCCUAUUUCGUACUAAGUGGUACGCUAGAGUUUCCAGUGUAUGUGUUAUCUUGUGAAAUUUUAACCGUAAUUUUGACAUGUGCUUUCGAUUUAAAAAGCUUGUUAUAUUGAAUGUCGUGCAACAUAAUCCUAAAAUAUUUCAGUCAACCCCAGGAUGCUGCUUUUUGAAUUAGCCUCUUUUCGGUCGUCUUCGGAGGCUAUACUUUGUAAAAAACGAUUACUGAAGUAAUAUGAACUUCUAUCGUUGCUUUUCGGUGUCCCUUUAAAUUCACCGUUAUUUUUGUAGAAAACGUGCACAAAAAUAUUCUUCUUGUGCCCUUUUGGCAGUAAAAUUACAUCCUCUUCAAAUUUUGCACUCAAAGGAAGGGUAUCUUUUGGUUUUUAAAGAGGUUUCUUGUUAUAAAUUUUCUAUGACCGUGAAGUGUCCAUUCAUAUGCCGUCGCAUCAGCUCAUCUGAUCCAUAUCCAUUACACAAUUGUAUAAGUGCUAUAGGACGUCUUCCUAGGCGCGUAGAUGAAAGAUAUUCCUCUGGCGGAAUGUAUACAGCUUGUAGUUUGGAAACCCUAAAUGCAAGUACAACGGUAAGUGGGGCACAAGAUGAUUUGGAGAUAAGGACAGUUUUUUUAAACUGAAAGAUGCUCUUUCUUUGAGUAUGCAAUUUGAAAAGGACGUAGCUUGUUACCAAGGUAGUACAAGAGCGAAUAUUUCUGUGCACAUUUUCCGUAAAAUAACCGUGAAUUCAUAGGAAUAUCAAAAAUCAACAAGAAAAGAGUAUAUUACUUAAUUAAUUAUUUUUGGCAAAAUGUAGCUUUUACAGCCGACUGAAAACAGCUCAUUCACAAGCCUUCAUCCUGGGGUGACUGAGUUAUCUCAGGAUAAUGCGGCACGAUAAUGAAUAUUACAACCCUACUUAAGUAAUCUUUUCAAAUCGAGAGCACAUCUCAAGAUUUCAGUUGACAUAUCGUGAGAAUGCACAUCCACUGUAGUACCUCCAAUGCAGCUGGUAACCACAUGGACAGCUCUGAUAAACCCGUGAGUUGCUCCAUCCAUGGACUGCGUAUUUCUACUGAAAAUAUUGAUCUUUCGAAUGCAAUUUCUUUCAUUUGUUUACUGAAUGACCCAAUUUCAAAAGUGUAAGGUCUGCGCAGAGUAGCAAGUUCGCUUUAGUGGGGGAGGGGGCCUGCCUGGCAGCGAAUCGAGCCUCAACAGCGGUUUCAAAGAUUAGCCUCUUACGCUUCUUAGAAUGGGUUCACACAGCAGUACUUACUAUGACUUUUUCCUUCUAACAAUGACUGCGUGAGUAGGUGGUACGCCUAGGUGCGGGUCCAGCUGUGCCAGCCACCGGCGCCCCCUCCCGCCUCCGAUCUCCUCAACUUGGUCUUGACACCAGGCUCAGGUAGGGGAGGAGAGAGUGCAGUAGAUGCCUCCCAAGUCUACUUUCACCAUAAACUAGUUCACGCGCAACUCACCGUGCCUGCUCCACCUUGCUGUGGAGCACACGGUGAACAUCGUCGGAUGCGACGGUUGAACUGUCAAAAACGGGGAUCGUUCAUGGUGGCGUAGUAUCUUAACUAGCAAGUUUCGCCUCUUCUUAAGCAACUGAGAGGCUUUCUAAUUACUCGGAAAUAAAACCCUACAGGAAUGUCUUUUUGAACUGCAGUCGAAAGAUGAAUGUAGACAUCGUUUCGAGUGCUUCUGUUUUGUGAACUCAGUUUUAUGUCGAAAGACACAGACAGUAAAAAGCAGCUGCACAGCAUAGCCUUGUUUUCAGCCAGUUCAGGAUUUAUCACUUUAAAUUGGACGAUUUAACUAAUUUCGGAUAAGCAGUAGAAACUGCUGUGGGUACCCUACUCCAGCUUAUCGACGCAGGUCCUAGUUUGACCAAGCAGCAUUUAGUAAAACGGCUUACUGGCUCAGACUACCGCCAAGGGGAAACUUGUGACCAGACUGGUUAGGCCCCGGAAUUUAUGGACUUUGUACUUCCCGUGCACUCUGUGUCCACGCAGUCUUCACUAAUGAAAUGGAUCCCAAUGCCUUCUCACCGGAAAUACUGAUAGUGUGACAAUCUUAUCAUCGAACCCGAAAAGCAGUCGUUCUAAUUUAAUCAUGCGCUUAAGCUGCUGUGACCGGGAGUUUGGCAAAUGAACAUACCUAAAAAGGGAGAUCGCGCUUCCCAUGGGGGGUGACGCUUUGCGUGUGGUAGAAAAGUAGCGCGAGCCCUUCGUUAAAAUUUUAAUUCAUUUGCUCGUGUUAUCACUGCCGUUGCUGGUAAGCAGGACACUAUUGGUCUCGAAAUGUUCAACCAGUGCGUGCGAACCAUGCUUCUCCGGUCGUAAAGAAUCAGGUUAGGAUGUACGGGGAUUGCGGAAAGUUGUUGGCACUUUCACCCACCCCUCGGGCACACCAAUUUCAAUUUCUAGGAUUGUUUUAUGGUCACAAGAUAUCAUACUAACAGUACAGGUACUAGCCAAAAGCCCAUACACGCGUGUUUCGCUGCUAUUCUGCCGCUGCAUGACCCAGCUGCGAGGGGUUCGGCUCUUCAGUGGGUCCCGCAGCAUUCACUGUCUGCUUUCUGGUAGAUACUUCAGUUUACAAAUUGUUGCAUUUUAUUUUCCUUAGAAAUUGACUGCGAACUUGGAGUAGAUCAAUAUAUACUAAUGUCUAUAGGCGCAGACCGAAAUGUAAUGUAUGUAACUGGCGACAUGCCACCGAGGAUAUAACAGAAUAACUUGUAAACUUUUUAGCGUUGAAAGAUACCAUACUGGCAGCACAGGCACUAGCUAAAAGCUCAGACACGCGUUUUUCGCCGAUAUUUUGUCGCUGCGUGGCAUAGCUACAAGGGGUUCGGUUCGUCAGUGGGUUCCCCAGCAUUCCCCGCGUUUUCCGGUAGAUACUCCAAUUUAGAAAUUGCCGCUUUUUAAUUUCCUCAGAAAUUAUCUACAAAGUUGGAGUAGAUCAGUUUACACUAGGGUUUAUAGGCGCAGAUCGAAAUGUAAUGUAUGAAUAUUUGGGCCGAAGUCCAUCAGCCACAGCCGGAUAACCGCGUAAUAUUCAUUAACUGCCGACGGGCAGCUAGUAGUAUAUUUUAGGGUCACAGGUUCCAGGAUUUUGCUAGAGGGUGAUGAAGUUCUAUUUGUCGCUAUUCUGCACUGCCGCUAGGACUGGUUAUUAUUUUGUGUCUAAGCGAUUUGCCGGAUCGCUGUGAAGCUACACCUGAAGCCAUUAUUGCUGCGUUUCAAAGGUAGGCCUCAUUGAAAGCGGUUCCCCUAUCGGCCGCCCGUAGACGGGCCGGGUAGGUUGCAACUGAUGUACCAGACGGCAUGCAUCAAUCCAGGAUCUCUGUUUUUUGGGUUGUCUCGCUACCGAUUUCCAGCAAUUGAGCUGACUUGCCUAGUAGGCUGACCACGACUCAUCGACCAGAGGACAACGCCCGACUUCACGUUCCUAUGCGAUCACAGGCAAAAUGACUGACGCCCGCAUGAGCUAGGCUUCCUCAUCUGUCGCAGUCUGCUGAACUAGUUGCGAAGGGCUGUCUGGAGCUCUAGUUUCCUUCAGACGUUCGACAAUGACAUCGACCCCAAAGUGGCCCUACAGUGCGUGACCGAUCUCAUGAAAUGUUAGCCAAAAUUCUGGAAUGCGUUUCCAAUCAGGAAGGAUUUCUUAAGUGGGGUUGUUAUACUGAUUAUCAUGCAACAUAAUUCUAUAACAUUUCGGACCCGCCAGAAUGUCGGCUUUUGAAUGCCCUUCUUUUUGACCUCCUGCAGAAACCACACUUGUUAGAAAAUGACUACAUGCAUUUUUCCCAUUGAUUUUCGAUAGGCUUACAAAUUCAAAUAUAUUUUACAGAAAACAUGCACUAAAUAUGCUUUAUUCUGCUCAUUUGGAAGAAAAUCACAUUAUCUCCAUAUUUUAUGUGUAUUUUAGUUUUAAAACGUUUCCAAUUCUCGAAUAAUUUUCAGCCCAAUAUGCCAUUACAUCAGCGUUUAGCAGUUUCAGUCUACAUGGUGCAUGCUUUCCGCAUAAGGAAAAUCAUAUAUUCCUCUAUUUCUUUAAGAAAAUACCACAUAUAGUUCAUGAUAUUUUGCAAUGGAUCCGGACCGUCUUGUGCAUUUCAUGAGGAACAUUAGUAAACGGACAUGUGAGGUCUUGCACGCAUAGACAUCGCACAGUCUUAAAAAUCUCAUAAUUAGAAACUUUUUAAAACCUAAAUACACACUUUCUUCCGACAUAAAAUAUGAAGACAAUGUGAUUUUCUACCAAAUGAGCAAAAGAAAGCAUAUUUUGUGCAAGUUUUCUAUAAAACAUAUUUGAAUUUAUAAGAUCAUCGAAAAUCAAUUGGAAAAAUGCAUGCUACCCAAGUUGUCAAUUUUUACUGAGCGUGCUUUCUGUAGGAGAUUAAAAAGAUGGGCAUUCAGAAGCCGACAUCCUGACGAGUCCGGAAGGUUAUAGGGUUAUGCUGCAUGCUAAUCAGUAUAAGAAGCCCACUUAAGAAAUCCUUCCUGAUCGGAAACGCAUUCCAGAAUUUCGGCUAACAUUUCAUGAGAUCGGUCACGCACUGAAAUUAGCUUCUUCGGUUGUCAGCACCAGGACUGUUGUGUGAUUCACCAUACUGACAGCACACAUAUGCUGACUAGGCGUGCAGGCACGUGUUUCGCCCUAUUUAAAACGCUGCCUGACUCAGCCGUGAGGGGCUGGCUUCAGUAGUGGGUCCUCCAGCCUUCCCAAUGUGCUUUCUGGCCUAUAGACUCCAAUUUUAGAUGUCAGUCAUUUUAAUCUCCCCUGCCUGUCUACCAGUUUGCAGCUUGGAAAUGUUACUUGGUUAGCUCGCGGAAGCUGAUUGAUUUCGGCUCAAAUAUUCAUGCCACCUUUCGCUCCGAGCCUGAAGAAUUUUGUCGCGAAAGUUUUACGUCAAGUUAGCACAUUAACUUCUAAGGAGAUUAACUAGUUGAGGUGCCAGAACUUUUGUAAGCAUGGGAUACCCUCCUUACCAGAACGCUGACACUAGAGUAGUAAGAGAGGAUGUUUCUGAAACGGCCUGUAUUUAAAAUUAAUAGUUAAUUAGAGUUGCGAAAAUUCCAAUUGUAAAAUUCAAAAGGCAAUUUAACGAGCAUAUGUCUGCUUUCGAUAAAUUCUCUUCAGGCCUGUACAUUUAUAUGGCUAUUAAAGUAAUGAAAAAGAUACGGGCAAGUAGAUAAUUAAGCUGUAGCUCGGGUUUGGGGAGCUACAGCUUAAUUAUCUACUUGCCCGCAUCUUUUUCAUUACUUUAGUAGUCAGUUAAGGGUUUAAAUAAAUGUUGUUUCCCCGCAGCGCUUUUUGUCCGCAGUCGCUCGUUUUAUGCAUUUUUCAUCGAGAGGUAUUGUAACAGUCGAAACCUAGCGUACUUUUAUUUGCAUGGAUACAAACCCCCUUUCAUUUUACCCUCGCCUGGAGAGCUAUAUAGUAGCUUUGAAGUUUUUAAUGUUUAGAUGCCGGCUGUAGCCACACUGUCAAGCCGACCAUCAAGGCUCCCACAAUAAAACAGGAAGUAGAAUAUUUCAGAGAUAGUUCUCCCAAAGGAAUAACAUUCUAACUUGUUUGAUAUACCAGUCCCCCUUGGUUUCCUCACUUAUGGGGGCUUUAGACUGUAUUGAGAGAGGGAUAAAAACAAAGGACGCUUUUAUGUCGAUAUAAUUACAGUUUCCAGAAAGAACGUCACAUCAGACAAACCUGUAAUCAGAUUACUUGUGUCUGUUAAGAUGGAAGAUGGGUCGGUUGAUCAGCAGGUAAGAAGGCAGGCUAAGCAGGGAAUUACAAAAUUUUUCUACGCUUCGAGAUUGGAGGGGCUUUACGAAGAAGCCUUGCCCGAAAAACCCCAACGACGGACUGCCUAACUGCUGAGGCUGGUCUAUCAAACGGCAAAAUAAGGUCGAGGGAUGUAAAACUGAACAACCGAGUUGAAAAGAUGUAUUUGGUUUCUCUAAGAAACCUUAUACAAAUUCUAGUUGAACAUUGAAGUAUAAACGGGCAAACGCAUGCAUCAGUGAAACCCUGACUUUCGAAUGUAGAACAUGAAAUUGCGAAUCUUAAGGGGGUUGGUAAGAGUAAAGGUUGGCCUAGUGCGAAAGAGGUUGAAAGUCAGGAUUCAUUCGGAGGGCCAUCAAGAAGGUCACCUUAAAAGCCAACUGAGUUAACUUUUGACCAUUAACCGGACUUUUUUCCAAUUAACUUGCUGAGUUACAGUUCAAGAAAGUCGUUACUAGUUGCAUUUCCCGGCCAUCUUUUACGGGCUGGCCACUAACACCUCCAGUUUAUCCCCGUUUCUUUUUUGUACUUUGAUUUUCAUGUGCUCUUCCUUUUUUAGAAUGCCUUCAAUUUAGUGGCUUACGAAAAUCCCAUUGAUAGCCCGUUCGGCGAUCUAGCGCACUUCCGUCACCGAAAAUUGUUGGCUGACUCAGUGAACAACACGAUUUUAGGUAUGCAUUCCCAAUACCCUUGCCCUACUGCAUUGGAUAUUUCAGAGUUCUGUUAACUACUGCUGCUACUGCACUACAUCCACUACUAGUUCCACUAGCACUAAUAUUAUUGUUGUUUACUGCAUUAAUAAUGGGACUGCUACUGUCAACCGAUCGGGAAUAUACAAUGUUAGGGGGCGCUCACCGAUCGUUCUUACGGAACUCACUCGUUCCGUUGUGCCUUACCGGCUCUCCCUCGAGCCCAACCAGCAGCCGCACAACGGUGUAUGAUGUAGAUAGAAUGUUAUUACUGACGCCGGCUAAUAAGCCAGAAAUGGCCAUUUCAGUCUCCCUUGUCUUUGUCGGUACUAACAUUCUGCCUAUAUCAUGCGCCGCUGUGCGGCUGCUGGUUGUGCUCGAGAGACAGAGCCCGCUAGGCACAACGAACGAGUGAGUUCUGCAAGAACGAUCAGUGAGCGCCCCUCCACCGAUCUCUUCAGUCUUGCGAGUUGGCCAUCUGGCAAACUCCGCCGUAGUAGACUUCGGCAUCGGAUGAAUGUGGCCCGACUGACACGGCCAUAACCCAAAUACAAUCUGCAUUUUUUCGGCAACUACUUCGAUGCGUCCUUACCAUCGAGCGAGUCCAGGAUGCUGUGGGUAUGCGUGACCAAGGGCUUCUAGAGCAGUGGCCGCAAUCCGAACCUCAUUUAGCAGAUGACAAGGCAGUGGCGCGUCCGGCAGUUUGCAACACAAAUUGCCCUUGCCAGUACCCCACGCGCCACUGGCCACACUCGCCCAUGAAGAUGUCAACGACGAAAACGAGAGCAAAUACAAGUUCUCUGCCGCAUCGGAAGGCCAAAGAAUGUGGUCGGUAGGAGAUUAUUUUCUGUGCAGGCUCGCACGAGAAGGGUACCCCUGUUGUUGCAGCUGCUGUUCUCGUUGCGAUCUAAUACCCCCACCUAGACCUGUUACGAUGGGACAGCGGGAACAAUCAGUUUGUCCGCCUUCAGCACAGUCGCGAGGAAGGCAUGAGGGUUCUCGUAGAAUUUGCCCCUCGGGCCGUCGGGGAUUGUAGGUGUGUAGACGGAAGAUGGGGACGAAUUGCCGCCCCCCCCCCCCGCGGAGUGGCUGUCUCAUUGUCAUGAAACGACGGCUUAUGUCCUGCGGUAGACAGGGCAACAGUCUCCUGACGUUGUUCUUGAUAGCGAGAGGUAUUUCGAUGUCUCGUACUUUAAUACCUUCAUACCACUGCUGCCGAAGAAGUUGUAUCCAGAGUCGGGUUUCACUAGACCGCGAUGCCCACUUUGUUGCGGUCCAAUUGUCUGGUAAUUGGAGCUGCCAUACCCUUCGGCAUAAAGUUAACUAAAGGAAGGGAAGCACUACAGGCUACCAGCUCGAGCAUUGCUUCUCCUAUAGACUGCGCUCAAGCACGAAAAUAGUGGUCAUAGUUGUUUCGAAUAGUUUUUAGCCAAAUUGCAAGGCUUAUCCGCCAAGGCUGGCGUGGCGACAUGAUUACCAGGAUUUUUCAGGCCGGCUUUUCUAGCUCCUGCCUCGCGAGGAAAUUGUCAGCGCUUUUCUAUAUAGGGUCGCCAACUUAUCCCAGACGGCUGCCGAACUCCACUAGGGGUCACGGCUUUUUUACACCGCGAAGGCGACCUGAAUCAACCUGCUGCGCCUACUCAAUCGCGCACCUCUCCAUAGAAGUUCUUUUUUAUUGCGAGGAAGGAGGAUGGGGAGGUAAGUGUAGGAUGUCGAGACACGCCCACUGGACAUUCUCAUCUGAUUUAGCCCGGCAGCCCACGAAAGUUUCUGGGGUGUGGCCAUCGUGCCGAGCACGACUUGGUGAAUCCACAGGUGAGAGCUGGGCGGCAGGGCCAAGCGAAAUAGAAACAUUCAGCAGUCCAAUCGGUGCGUCGGAUGGUGACCGUCAUCAGUGUGUUGCUUACUAGCAUUUGCUGCGACCGGCCUAUAUUGUGUCGCGCAUGUUAACUCCCCAUGCACAUGACGGUCUGCGGUCUGUCAGUCUAGUGUUGUACAUCGCCCAUCCAAUCGCAUCGACGAACCUGAAAUGACUGUUUAGCUGCAACGGGUCCCUGCUCAGACAUCUUGUACGCCUCAGUGUAACUAAUGCCUCCAUCGCUACUAGUUCAACGGAAGCCAUAUCCUAAGGCAUAUUGUAAUAGUUGCAAGAGAUUUCUUGCAACGCACAUUCAGUCCAUCCCACGCCCGCCAGGAUAUGAACGACCGUCACCACAAAGAAGUCAUUCGGAAACUUACGGAUAAUCUUUGAUUGGCUAUGAAAUCCGAAAACAUUUACCGGUGACUAAAAAUUAAAAAAAAAUUGCCUACGUUGUACUCGGAUAAAUAGAAACAGCAGUAUUCAAUUUACUUUCAGAUACUCAACCAGAUCUAGGUCAUUAAAUUUCGCGAGUUUCAUUGCUUAGCUUAGGGCUAUUAUUAUUUUCAAACGGGUAUUCGUACUGGUGCUUCGGCUGCUACUGGGUAUUAUUGCUACUACUACUACUACUACUACUACUACUACUACUACUACUACUACUACUACUACUACUACUACUACUACUACUACUACUACUACUACCACUACUACUACUACUACUACUACUACUACUACUACUACUACUACUACUACCGCUACCACCGCUACUGCCACUCUGCCUUGCAUACGGAAACUCACAUUGGCUUUUCGCCCGUCCGUGGCUCCUUUGGGUCGGAUUGUUAGGUUGGCACCAUUGCCAAAAAUCGGAACUCCACUACUGCGACUGAUCAAUCCAUAUCUGAUCCACCCCCUCAUCUAAUGUGAUUUGCAACUGGUAUAUCGCUUAUCUCUCGCGGGCUGUGUGCGAGUGAGACUUUGUGUUCGUCCUGUUCUCAUUGUAGGGAGUACAUUUCACUCAAAUUUUCCAAAUCCUUCGUUCACCUGUGCUGUUUAAUUUUCUCGUGGUAGGCCGAACGUGGCAGAGCAGUGAGUGUAGCCGGACUGAGAAGGGGUGGGGGAGGGAUAGGAGGUGAACUUGAUUAGUAAACGUUCGCGUUCUGCCCUCACUGAGCGCUCGGUUUCUCUCCCUCCCGACCCCUAACCAGCAUGCGCAUGCUAAACGGGUUUGAGUGUCCGGCCUUUGAGCGGCAACUCUGCGCGCUCAGGUACAUCGGCAUGAUCGGCAGCCCUGAUGUUAAACCGCCAGUCCAUGCGUGCACAUGUUAUCCAGUACUUACCCGCCCUGUUUCACUCCGUUUCACAAUAACUGCAUGGUUUUAGUAAAAUUUCUUGUAUGCGGUCUCUGGCACAGUUUUUGUCCAGAACUCGAGGCGAACAGCCCCACAUGGGUCACGCGGACUAAUGUGGUCAACUGGGGAUGAUAUGACAAGUUUCUGCGACCAAUCUCUUGGGACCCACUGAUCUGUUUGAGGUUCCAUUUAGGUCUGUGCGCCAAUUAUUUUAUCGCCUCUUAUUGGUCUGUUUGUAUACCAGCCUUGUUUUUCCACUUAUGUGUUUAGCUCAUCUUGGAAAGUCUGGGUUCCCUCUCCUGGAAACCGGAAUCAGUAUCCUUGAACAGACUGUCAUGGGUGUGAAAUUUGCCCCAAAGAGCCCAAACAAAGUGACCGAUGCCCGCAAGACCCUCCAACCUUCCUUCUCCUCUUCCGAGACUCUGACACCUCUGCAGCCAGCAUCAUCGACAACUUCGACCGCGAUGCGGACGUCUACCGCCCAGGAGUACUUGCAUCCCAUACGGAACUUACACCAUCGAUCACAACACCAUCACACAGGUACCAGCACAACCCUCGUUAUAACGAGCACCUCUACAGUGGCUUCCCAACAUACUAGUGCUAGUACCAGUACUGAAACGCGCAGUCUACGCCCAGUUUAUCCUCUGCCCUUUUUCGCUUCCUCCACGGUCUCUACCGGUUCUGCCUCCGAGGUCUUUGCAGUCCCUGUUAGUCACAUAACCCAGAGCACAACGACCGAAAGUGCAAGUGGUGGCGGGACCUCUACAGGCGGUCGAUUCCGCAGCACUAUUGUCCAGAGCUCGCCAUUCCCUGUCGUCUCGCCGCCCCCCACCUCGGAAGGCGAUGAGUUUACCCGGUUAUUCAACGCCUACAUGCAGGGCCCGCAAGUAUACAUACAUCGGUUGCAGCGAAACCACCGACAUACGGCGGAGACCCCGUCUAGAGACUCCGGAGCACGCUCCUCCUCACCCGGCGGUGGACAAAAGUACUCCUCAACGUCAGCCGCUGUAGCCGCUGUUGCUGCGGCUGCAGACGCCUUGGCAACUGCAGGAGUGCUCGUACCAGGCUCUGAGUUUGCAGGUUUCUUUCAUCCGACUCUCUUCCUUUAA